UCCAUAUUCCACCAUUUCUCUCUCUCCAACCUCCCUCUCUCCCCUCCCUCGCCGGAAACUUCCUCCAUCUCCGCUGCCAUGUCUGCCGGCGUCUUCCUCCUAUGGCUCGUCAGCAUCCCCCUCUUAAUCCAGGCUGCACGACAACCUAGAGAUUACCUCAUAAGUUGCGGCGCUACAACCGAAAUUAAAGAAGGGGCUCUAACAUACAUUCCCGACAACGAUUUCAUCUCUAGUGGCAACACGACAACCAUACAACGGACCGACAUCUUCCCUCGGCUGCAAACCCUUCGAUUCUUCCCAAACGCCCAUGCCACAAAGCAUUGCUACAGUUUCCCAGUGAUCAGGGGCUCCAGGUAUCUCAUCAAGACCGUAUACUUCUAUGGGGGUUUCGACGGAGGAAGCGCGCCGCCAGUGUUCGACCAGAUCAUUGACGGCACCAAGUGGAGCACUGUCAACACGACGGAGGAUUUUGCUAGCGGGGGAUCGUCGUUCUACGAGGCCGUCGUCGCCGCCCAGAACAAGAUCCUGAGCGUAUGCCUGGCUAGGAACCAGCACACCCCUGCUGGUUCCAGCCCUUUUAUCUCGUCUCUCGAGGUGCAUUACCUCGAGAGCUCUGUCUACAACUCCACCAACUUCGACAAAGCGAUGUUGAUGACAGUUGCCAGAAGUAGGUUUGGCUCGCAUGACGAUGCCAUCAUUAGUUACCCAGACGAUAUUUUUAACCGGUUCUGGGAGCCAUACAAGGACGAGAGCCCGUUCGUGACGAGCAACUCGAACGUGACAACGACGUUGUUUUGGAACAUCCCACCACAAAAGGCGUUUGCGUCGGCCCUGACAACGAGCCGGGGAAAGACACUAACGCUGAACUGGCCGGCUUUUCCGCUAACAAGCGGGCUCUACUACAUCGCGCUCUACUUCCAAGACAGCCGAAGCCCGAGCCCGUACAGCUGGAGAGUUUUCGACGUUCAAAUCAACGGCCACUUCUUCUUCCAACAAAUGAACGUCACAGAGACCGGGCAGGGCGUGGUUGGAACCAACUGGCCUCUCUCCGGAAAAGUCGUGAUCACCCUGUCUCCGUCUCCGAGUGCUCCGGUGGGGCCACUCAUCAACGCCGCCGAGAUCCUCCAGCUCCUGCCCUAUGGAAACAAGACUCUCACUAGAGAUGCGGCGGCGAUGGAGGAGUUGAGGAAGGAGUUGGUGAAUCCGCCGGAGGAUUGGGCGGCGGAUCCUUGCAUGCCGGUGGGGCAUUCAUGGGGCGGCGUUCAUUGCACCAGCACCGAACCCUUUCGUGUUGUGUCUUUGAAUCUAACCGGUUAUGGAUUAUCUGGGAAGUUGUCUCCGAGUAUAUCUAGAUUGACUGCAAUCCGGCACAUUUGGCUUGGAGACAACAAGUUUCAUGGUGUGAUACCUGAUAUGAGCCCCUUGAAAGCUCUAGAAACUCUGCAUUUGGAGAAUAAUCAGUUUGAAGGACCGGUUCCUCCUUCCUUGGGACAGCUGCCGAAUCUUCACGAAGUGUUUCUCCAGCACAACAAGCUGAAUAGUAGCGUUCCAGAGCCUCUCACCAAAAGAGACGGUCUCAGUGUCCGACUAGCCUAGGAAAAUGCAGCACUUCAAGGAGAUGUGAUGAUGAGCUGAGGUGAAAUCAAGAGGGGGAGAUUCUUGCUUUAACUCUAUUGGAAUGGAGAUAUGUACAGUGUGUGAAUAUAUAUUUGCUUGCUAUUUUUUACAAUUUCUUCAAU